GAAAAUCUGAGAAGUGUCCCUGUCUGUCCUGCUGACUGACUGACUGGAGUGAGGUGCUUUUAGUUUGGAGGGAAGAGGGGCACGCUGAUAAGCCCCACGCACGAGACUCACCGUCUAUCUAACUGAAUGGUGACCUGACAGAGAUGGCCGAUACAGGAGUGUGUUGUGCCAACCUGGAGGAGCCCAAUACCCUGAUGAAGAUGGGUCUGAGCAUGGUCCUCAUUGGUCAUGUUAACUUCCUGUUGGGAGCGCUGGUGCACGGCGUGGUGCUCAGACACAUUAACCUCCACAAGCAGGCCCGGGCCAUGGAGUACGCCAUCUCCAACGUGUUCGCUCUCACCUCCGGCCUCGUAGGGAUUGUUGUUGGCAUUCUGGCUAUUGUGCUGUCUAAAAACAAGAAGAGUAGAUGCCUGACGUGGUCACUUUUCACUGUGGCCCUGGCUGCAUCUCUCAUGGCGGCAGCCUCCGCCAUCGGACUCUCUGUGUCUGUAGUGAGGGCCGCCAUCCACGGCGGGCGGAGCCUCCUGACUCACUGUCGCUUCCCCGACGCCAUUGGCUACUCCAGCAUCACCAACGAGUGUCCCUUCGACCCCACGCGCAUCUAUAGUACCACUAUGAUCCUUUGGGUGCCUCUGAUCGUGACUUGUGUCAUCCAGCUGGUGUUUUGCGCCCGGUGCUCUGCUGUCUGCGUUUCAUUCCUGGGUCUACCUUGCUGCCCUAACAGGAAGAGAAACAGGAACUAUGGCAGAGCGAUCAAUGUGGUUAGGCCGAUGUUGGAAGCCGCUCCCUCUCGCCACACUGAAUCUCCACGAAGCUACGAUGAACCUCCAACACGCCACACUGAACCUCCACGGAGCUACGAUGAAACUCCAACAAGAAGCUACCGCGAACCUCCAAGACGGAAUACUGAACCUCCGAGACAGCAGCGCAGACCUCCUCCCCCUCCACAGCAUCUUCCCCUUCAGCAUCGGAGUCUUCCUCCCUCGGAGAGGCGGCCUCUUCGCCCGCCGUACAGAGAAAGGUCAGGCAGAGAAAGGCACGAAACCAGUGUUGGCAGCCAGCAAAGGGCACCGGAGCAGCACCAACUGCUGGAGAGGGGUACGAUGGAAAGGUCCAGCUUCUGGAUUUAGACAUAUAUUUGACGUGUCAGAGCUUCUUGAAGACCAAGUGCUGUGAGAGUAGUGCUUACUACAAUACUGGGGAUUUAAACAUCAUACUCCCAACCCCCAUGUCAGAACUAUGAACUCAUAGCUGGAGAUGAUUUAUUUAGCAGUGCCAAUGCCAGUGAAUUUUCUGAGGCCCAGGCUAUUUGCACAGUGUGCAGGAUCCCAGUUAUGUGAGCGUCUGUUGUUGUAUUCCUGUACUUACAAGGGUCAAAUUAUUCAUAUCAGGAUAGGCAUGUGAGGCAAAUCCUUGCCUGUAUACAAGGAUUCAUUCAGAGUUAAAAGAGUACUUUCACAUUUUGGGAAAUAUCCUUUGUCGCUUUCUUGCCGAGACUUAGAUGAGAAGAUUGAUACCACUGUCACCAUGUCUGUGCGUCACGUACGGAGCUGGAGCGAGGACAUGCUAAUGUAGCUUAGCAUAAAGACUGGAAGCAGCUAGCCUGGCUCCGUCCACAGCGAAAAAAAACCCCACUUAGCAACAACUCUAAAGCUCACUAAUCAACACGCUACAUGUUGUUUAUUUAGUCUGUACAAAAAGUGACGCGUGAACAAGUCGUUGCCGGGAGCAGUGAGAGUCUUGUUUUUACGCUUCAGUUUAUGUAUGGAGUUGGGAGUUACUUAGCUUAGCUUAGCAUAAAACUGGAAUCUGGAUGGAGCCAGGCUAGCUGUUUCUCCCUACGUUCUAAAAUAUGCCUACCAGCACCUCUAAACUAAAGCUCACUAAUUAACAAUAUGUUUCCCAUUAGAUUAAUUCGUACACAAGCAGAAAUGUAGAAGGUGUAAUAAUUUCUCGUGGUGACUCCAGGAAGUCAAUGCUUGUCUCCAAGACACGGUUACAUCACAUAACUUCCCGUAAAACCCACAACUUGUCAGUUUUGACAUUUCUUUUUUUUUUUUUUAACAAGGCCAGGGUUGCCAUUUUCCCCUGUGUUGUCUUUAUGCUAAGCUAAGCUAAUAACCUCCUGCCUCGAGCUUCACAUUUAGCGCACAGACAUGAGAGUAGUGUCGAUCUUCUUGUUUAACUCUCCAUACGAGAGCGAAAAUGUGUAUUUCCUUAAAAUGCAUAACUAUUAUUUUAAUGUUUGAAUGUCUGAGUUUACACACAUAAUGGAGACCAGUUCAGUAGCAAUAGGAAACAUUUCUCACAGGUGAAGACAUGCAGAGUACAAAGUGUGUGUGCCCUCCAAGCUUUUAUCUUUUUUUUUUUGAGGAUGGAGCCUCUGGUUUGCCUGUUUUGAGUAAAUGAGAAUCAAGCGUGUGUGCAUCUGCUCUUCUGUUAGGUCAAGAGAAACUAGUACUGCAAGUUUAUUUUAUUUAUUUCGACAACUUAAGUCGAUGAGCAAAUAAAGUUUUUAUUCAAA